GUUCAUUUCUAGUUGUAUACCGAGACACCGUGCUGUCAAACGCUGAGAUUAGUAGAAUGAGCAACGAGAUUGGGAUGGACUGGGACGCCCUCGCGGCACUCAUGAAUAUUCCAUAUGGAAAGCGAGAUGAAAUUAGGAUGAAUGCCAGCCAGUAUCCAGAUAACACCGCUAAAGGCCAACAGAUACUCGCGUUCAUAAACGAAAGCCAAAAUUUUGAUCGGCAUACUCUCGAGAAAUGCGUGAAGGAGCUGGGAAGAGGCGAUGUAAAAAUCGAAAUCCAUCCUGAAGAUGAAUGUCAAGACGAAACCAUUGAUGGAACAGAACCUCCACAACCCCCUUGCGAAUUCCCCCCGUACGAGAACAUCACGUUGAAGAACACGCCCUCUCCCCACGUGAAUGUACAGAUUAAGUCGGCGUAUAUUGCUCUUCUGGGCACGUUUUGCUUGUCUUAUGGAUGUAGACAAACCAGAAAUAGAUAA